GCCCACUCUUGUUAAAAAGCUCCCAUUGGGUCUUUCGGUUUUCUCAUUUGUUAAUUCUUUUUAAUGGCGUCUAGCAACAGAGCCGCAUGGUGAAUAACAUCACCCCCUGCCCCUUAUUGGUCUCCACUCUAACCCUCCGAGGUCUCGGAGCGCAAUGCUCCGCAAUGCUCCGCAAUUCUCGGAACACCUUCAAUCGUCCGAUGCGUCUAGACGUCUCGAUUGAAGAUAUGUAGCGGUGGAAGCGUGGUACGUUCCCGAUUGUGGGGUUAUAAAUAGCUCGAAUUGCCCAUAUCAUAAAUAUCGAUUGGGUCAUGGACUCUUCUCGUCAAGGCACCGUCCCAUGUUACUACGGAGCAACAUGUACUCCACGUUACGGUCUGCCUUCACUUGGCUUCUAGCUGCCGCCCCUAUUUUUACGCAGGGCGCUUCCCUCCAAAAAGUCACAUCUGACUUUGGGCCAAACCCAAGGAAUGUCGGGUUUUACAUUUAUGUUCCAGAUAAAUUGGCUGCUAGACCGCCGGUUCUCGUCAAUCCUCACUGGUGUCACGGCGACGCGCAAGCUUGCUACUCCGGGUCUCAGUAUUCGACUCUGGCUAGCAAGUACGGAUUUAUUGUCAUCUAUCCCGAUAGCCCAAAUACGGCCGAUAAGUGCUGGGAUGUGUCUUCCAACGAGACAUUAACACACAAUGCUGGAGGCGACAGCUUGGGUAUUGUUAGCAUGGUGCGAUGGACACUCGACAAGUAUAACGGCGAUCCGAAUCGUGUAUUUAUUACUGGUGUUUCCUCCGGGGCUAUGAUGACCAGUGUGCUACUCGGAGCAUAUCCCGAUAUUUUUGCUGCGGGAUCUGCAUUUGCCGGCGUGCCGUACGGAUGUUUUGCCGGGAACGGGUUUGGUGUUUGGAGUGACGCUUGCGCUACAGGGAAGGUCAAGAAGACUGGCACUGAAUGGGCCGCAUUAGUUAAAGCAGGAUAUCCAGGUUAUACUAGGUGGCGGCCUAGAGUUCAGAUCUUCCAUGGAACGAACGACGAGGUGCUUAAUUAUACAAAUUUCCAAGAGGAGAUCAAAGAAUGGACUACGGUGUUCGGAUUUAAUGAAACUCCCACGAGCACAACGCCUGAUACCCCGGUCAAGGGAUGGACGAAGUAUGUGUACGGUAGCAAUGAUUGGCUCGAGGCAUACAGCGCUGCAGGGGUUUCACAUAACAUUCAGAACCAGGAGGCCACCGCGAUGGAAUGGUUCGACCUUACCUGUAUAAGCGAUGACUGCUUUAAAUGGGGACAAGGGGGUCCAAAGGCUCGGUAGUUGAAUGAGAUAAUGUGUUAGGUAGUUGGUCACUACCUAUUUUCUCUGAUUCUCGUAGUCGAACUAGACACGAUAACUAAUUCAAAGAGAGAAAAAGAUUUUAGCCACCCCAAGCCAUCUUAUAAUACAAGGUAAUUUCGUAUUUCCUCUCAUCUAAUUACUCCUGCCGCCUUGACCCCCGAGAGUUGACUGUACGGAUCCGCCAACACUACCCUCUGUAGUAAACUGCUUUCCAACCAUGCCCUCCUUAUCCAAAGGACCACCGAUCUUCUGCGCUGUACCGCCAAUCGCUCCGUCUUUGGUAAACUGUUUGCCAAUGGAGCCCUGGGCAUCGAACAUCUUGGGUUUAUCUUCGCCGAUGCCAGCAUUGGCGGGUGUCUUUACUUGUGAAGCCAUUCCCGUGCCUGUCUUAGAGCCAGUGUUGGAGCUGCCAUGUGAUGACAUUGUGUAUGGGUAAUUGUACAAUGUAGGUACCUAAGGUAGACUUGUAAAUUGAGUAUGCUUAGAAUUAUUUACUGAACUUACAUUUCAAUAUAGGAAGGCCU